GUGCGUUCAGGGACCCAACCUCCCUUUGAUGUGUCGCGGGCCAACAGGCUGCUGUCCUUCACGCCUCAGACAACAUGGCCUCGACCAAUGCGAGUGGACACUUUUAACCCCCGAACUACCGCCCACUUCUCUCCCCGCUCGACGCUCGGAUUGACCGCGACAGCUGGCAAUGUGUGGGCCGACCACUUGAAGUGCAAGCCGAAGAAGGUAUGCCGCUGGCUCGCAGUCUGUCUGUCACCUCCCUGCCCGGCCUGGAGGACUGGGAUGAGGACUUUGACUUAGAGGACGCCGUGCUCUUUGAAAUCGCCUGGGAGGUGGCCAACAAAGUUGGAGGCAUCUACACCGUCAUCCAGACCAAAGCCCGCCUGACCUCGGAGGAAUGGGGGGAGAACUACUUCCUGGUGGGCCCCUAUGUGGAGAGCAACGUGCGCACUCAGGUGGAGCUCAUCGAGCCCACCAACCCUGUGCUGAGGAGGACCAUCGACAAGAUGAACGCCAGCGGCUGUAAGGUCUACUUUGGUCGCUGGCUCAUUGAGGGCAGCCCUUACGUGAUCCUGAUCGAUGUGGGCUUCACCGCCUGGUCCCUGGACACCUGGAAGAGCGAGCUGUGGGACCUCUGUGGCGUGGGCGUGCCUUGGUUUGACCGCGAGGCCAACGACGCCGUCUUGUUCGGCUUCCUGACGGCUUGGCUUUUGGGAGAGUACGCGGCCCAGAGCGAGGGGACGCCGCACAUGGUGGCCCACUUCCACGAGUGGUUGGCCGGCCUGGGCUUAGUCCUGUCCCGACAAAGACAGUUGCCCAUAGCAACCGUCUUCACCACACACGCCACCCUCCUGGGACGCUACCUCUGUGCUGGAAAUGUCGACUUUUACAACAAACUGGCCAAGUUCAACGUGGACAAGGAAGCGGGCGACCGACAGAUCUACCACCGCUACUGUCUGGAGCGGGCGGCGGCGCAUUGCGCGCACGUCUUCACCACCGUUUCGCAGAUCACGGCAAUCGAGGCGGAGCACCUGCUCAAGAGGAAGCCAGACAUUGUCACUCCCAACGGGCUGAACGUCAAGAAGUUCUCGGCCGUGCACGAGUUCCAGAACCUCCACGCCCAAAGCAAGAAUCGCAUUCAGGAGUUUGUCAGGGGGCAUUUUUACGGGCACCUGGACUUCGACCUGGACAAGUGCUUGUUCCUCUUCAUCGCCGGGAGGUACGAGUUCAUCAACAAGGGAGCGGACCUCUUUCUGGAGGCUCUAGCAAGACUCAACUAUCUGCUGAGAGUGAAUCACAGCGACGUGACGGUCAUCACCUUCUUCAUCAUGCCAGCUCGCACCAACAACUUCAACGUGGAGACUCUGAAAGGCCAAGCAGUCAGGAAGCAACUUUGGGACACGGCUCAAACUGUGAAGGAACGCUUCGGGAAGAAACUUUAUGAGUCGCUGCUCGUGGGCCAGCUGCCAGUUAGUGUGCUGAAUGUGUCCAGGGGCCAGCUGCCAGACGUGUCCAAGAUGCUGGACAAGGAGGACUUCACCAUCAUGAAGCGUGCCAUCUUUGCCACGCAGAGACAGUGCCAGCCCCCCGUCUGCACACACAAUAUGUUGGAGGACAGCAGUGACCCCAUCCUCAGCUGCGUGCGCCGCAUAGGUCUCUUCAACAGCGCCGCCGACCGCGUCAAGAUUAUCUUCCAUCCUGAGUUCCUGUCCUCCACCUCGCCUCUUCUUCCCAUGGACUACGAGGAGUUUGUGCGAGGAUGUCACCUGGGCGUCUUCCCUUCCUACUACGAGCCUUGGGGCUACACGCCAGCGGAGUGCACGGUCAUGGGGAUCCCUUCCAUCUCCACCAACCUGUCGGGCUUCGGCUGCUUCAUGGAGGAACACAUCGCCGACCCCUCAGCCUACGGCAUCUACAUCCUGGACCGGCGGUAUCGCGGGGUGGACGAGUCAUGUAACCAGCUCACAUCCUUCCUGUUCCAGUUCUGCAAGCAGAGCCGGCGCCAGAGGAUCAUCCAGAGGAACCGCACCGAGCGUCUGAGUGACCUCCUGGACUGGAGGUACCUCGGCAGGUAUUACGUGUCUGCACGUCACAUGGCCCUGGCCAAGGCCUUCCCCGAGUCUUACGUCUACCAACCUCAGGACGCCACCGCGACGUCCGGUUUCCGUUACCCCCGCCCGGCCUCCGUGCCGCCGUCCCCGGCCCUGUCUCGCCACUCGUCCCCGCACCACAGCGACGUGGAGGACAACGAGGAAGACGAACGCUACGACGAGGAUCUGGAGGCGGAGAAGGACCGGAUGAACAUUCGGCAGCCCUACACGCUGCCGUUCAAAAACAAAGCGGCCGGCGUCUACAGGGCCGACGGCGACGGCGACGGCGACGCCAAGGAGAAAAACUGACACGCCCACUUCACGCUAAAACUCGCCCGUACACUCGUAGCGCUUAGUCGUCGUUACUUACCUCCAAUACGGUGAAUGUUCCCAGCCGGUGUGUAGCUCGCUUUGAAAAUCACACCAGCAGUGCAAUACUUUAGUUUUCAAGGCCACCGAUCCAACGUUGAACAUUGAUAUCGCAGAUCUGUCGGAAAUCAGCAACAAUGAUAUCGGCUUGCAUCUGAAAUAUGCGAUACGACAUCUAAAUGUCCUCCAAUAAACACACCGUUUCGUCUGUUCUACUUAAGUCAUUUACAAAAAGUAAGCAUGUCAGGCUACUUAGGAGCUCGCAGCUACACAGCAGCUAAGCACACAAUAGCACACCCGCUAGACAUAGGUAAUAAUCAUAAAACAGUAAGACACAAUUAUAGUUGCACACAUUCAAACUCUCCAGCAACAAACGUGUCCGCAUCAUUCAGCAUACCACUGAGGAACAAAACACCCCCUCACAAGCAUCUUUUCUUCUUUGAAGUCAUUUUGCUUAGUCUAGACCAGGGAUUCCCCGACCGGCGCCACGCGGGACAAAUUUGGCCCGCCGUGUCCUUUGGUCUUGCCCGCCAAGUCUAACACGCGUCCUUCACGGCAUGUCUGCCAGGCUGUGCUGUAAAAAAAUAGAAUAAAGUCCGGUAGAUUUUACAGUAAAAAAACGGCUGCUCAGUCACCAGAAUUUUAAGCUACAAACAAAGGUACAGUUUUUUUUAUAUACAGUAACUUGGUGUAGAAGCUACCGUAUCUUUUAUGGUCAACUUCUGGUGACUGAGCUGCCAGUUUUUUUUAAAUCCUAUUAUCUAUGGAUUUUAAAAAAAUGAUAUUUUUUUUUUGCAGGGAUUUAAGGUACCCUGCUCUAGGGUAAAACUGUGACUUUUUGAGGCUGUGUGGAAAAGGAUCACUUUGGCCGACCGGCAUGGCUUGCCCACGUCCUUCAAUGAAAACCUCAACACUUUGACAUUUAACAUCCUCCACAUCCCUCAUGUGGAAACUUUGAAAGGGAUUGGAUGAAAUAUCUACAACAUACUGCUGGCAAAACACUUGGAGAGGGCGAAAACUAUGAAAGUGAUCGGAUAAAAUCUUUAGAAAAAACUGGUGACAGAACACAUGCAGAGGGCAGAAAGGUUGAAAGUGAUUGGAUGAAAUAUGUAGGACGGACUGGUGGCAAAACACCUGCAGAGGGCGAAAACUUUGAAAGUGAUCGGAUCAAAAAUCUAGAAGAAACUGGUGACAAAACACCUUGAGAGGGCGAAAACUUUGAAAGCGAUUGGAUAAAAUAUCUAGAACUGGUGAAAAAACACCUGGAGAGGGCGAAAACUAUGAAAGUGAUCGGAUAAAAUAUUUAGAAAAAACUGGUGACAGAACACCUGAAAAGGGCGAAAACUUUGAAAGUGAUCGGAUAGAAUAUCUAGAACUAACUGUUGGAAAAACACCUGGAGAGGGCGAAAACUUUGAAAGCGAUCGGAUAAAAUAUCUAGAAGAAACUGGUGACAGAACACCUGUAAAGGGGGAAAACUUUGAAAGUGAUUAGAUGAAAUAUCUAGAAGAAACUGGUGAAAGAACACCUGGAGAGGGCAAAAACUUUGAAAGCGAUCGGAUGAAAUAUCUAGAACUAACUGGUCGCAAAACACCUGGAGAAGGCGAAAACUUUGAAAGUGAUUGGAUAAAAUAUCUAGAAGAAACUGGUGAAAAAAUACCUGGAAAGGGCGAAAACUUUGAAAGCGAUCGGAUGAAAUAUCUAGAAGAAACAGGUGACAAAACACCUGGAGAGGGCAAAAACUAUGAAAGUGAUCGGAUAAAAUAUUUAGAAAAAACUGGUGACAGAACACCUGAAAAGGGCGAAAACUUUGAAAGUGAUCGGAUAAAAUAUCUAGAACUAACUGUUGGAAAAACACCUGGAGAGGGCGAAAACUUUGAAAGCGAUCGGAUGAAAUAUCUAGAAGAAACUGGUGACAGAACACCUGUAAAGGGCGAAAACUUUGAAAGCGAUCGGAUGAAAUAUCUAGAAGAAACUGGUGACAGAACACCUGUAAAGGGCGAAAACUUUGAAAGCGAUCGGAUAAAAUAUCUAGAACUAACUGGUGGCAAAACACCUGGAGAGGGCGAAAACUUUGAAAGUGAUUAGAUGAAAUAUCUAGAAGAAACUGGUGAAAGAACACCUGGAGAGGGCAAAAACUUUGAAAGCGAUCGGAUGAAAUAUCUAGAAGAAACUGGUGACAGAACACCUGUAAAGGGCGAAAACUUUGAAAGCGAUCGGAUGAAAUAUCUAGAAGAAACUGGUGACAGAACACCUGUAAAGGGCGAAAACUUUGAAAGCGAUCGGAUAAAAUAUCUAGAACUAACUGUUGGAAAAACACCUGGAGAGGGCGAAAACUUUGAAAGCGAUCGGAUGAAAAAUUUAGAAGAAACAGGUGACAAAACACCUGGAGAGGGCAGGAACUUAUCAGAAAAUGAUCUUUUUGAAUGUUUUGAAGUUAAAAACGACCAUGAAAGACAAGAGUUGUACAGAAUCUCAUUUUGCUAAAUGAGACUAAAUCCUCACUGGCGCUGCUGUUACAGCACGGUAAAAAACACUGUUUGGCCCGCAGACCACUGGCACAGUUUUGGGGCUUCCUGGUUCUAGCCUUUUCCAAUUUUGCACGCCACAAAAGUGGUAAGUUUGACUGCUGCUGACACCAGGUCGAUACGCUCCAGGACACCCGGCUCGUCUUGCAUACUUUCUGCCCGGACACUCCUCUCGACCAUCGCGUCACGCUUCUACUGCCGAGACCUAAAAACACUCCUGUGAGGUCGAGUCUUUCCACGCCUUCUCUUCUUAUUUCCAACCCACAACGGAAAGAAAAUGUGAAAACAGGCAAAAAUGUCGCUCUUUUUGCGGGUUUUCCUUUUUCUUCCCAGGCCUUAAACCUGCACUGAUCUGGUGUGUGUGUGUGUGUGUGUGUGUGUGUGUGUGUGUGUGUGUGUGUGUGUGUGUGUGUGUGUGUGUGUGUGUGUGUGUGUGUGUGUGUGUGUGUGUGUGUGUGUGUGUGUGUGUGUGUGUGUGUGUGUGUGUGUGUGUGUGUAUUUAUUGCAGAGAGGAAGUGAUGCAAGUUUCAGGGAGGAGAGAAAUGUGCUGUGCUUCCUUCUCUGUGAGACUUAGAGCGUCGCUAACACUGUUGAAGUAAUAAAAAAAAGAUGGCGUGUCUUCCA